UGGGUAGUUUGUAAGGCGGGAUGCGAUUCUUUUACAUUUUGAUUGAGUGCUGUGAUUAUCUAAAUUGGAUUCGAAUACACAUAUAUGCGUUCAUACUGGAAUGCGAGUGAUUUACACAGUCGUGUGGGCAUAGUAACAAAUAAUGGAAUAUGUUAUGCCUCACUUCUCCAUUACUGACUGUUGCUUGAUUUAUUGACAUGUUUAUUUUGUAUGUAUGAGACAGAUAGAUAAACUGACUGACUGAAUGACUGAUUGACGGAUUCUUCACUGGUUUUAAUGUUAAAAACUACCAAAAUCGAACUUACAAAAUCACAACCCAGAUAGAAUAUGAGCAAACCCUUGUGGACCACAUUAAAGAGUCUCCUAAAUACUUUCAUUCCUAGAUAAGCAAGAAGGUUAAAAUGGUGCGGAUUCGUGUACUACUGUAUCUAGGAGUGGCAUUUCUUUUUGUCCUCUUUAUGGCUGCCUUCCAUUCAGAAUCCUUUUCCCUCAAUGCAUUUCUGCACCCAGUUCCUCGUUCACCUCCACUUAAAAAGACAUUUAUUGAAGAUUUCAACAAAGAAAAUGUGAAGGCAGAUGAUCCCCUGGUGGUGCGGGCAUUGAAGCAGCAUUUUCUAGUCUCUCCAUCACCCUUGCCAUACAACCUCUCUCAGCCAGAUGAGGAGAACCCAUCCAUGGGCCAGGCUCAAAGGAUUGAUUUCCUUCUUAAAGGAAAGCACAAUGGGUUCUAUGUUGAGUGUGGUGCCCUUGAUGGAGAGCUGCGCUCCAAUACACUUUUCUUUGAGCGAGAGAGAGGCUGGAAAGGACUCCUGAUUGAAGCUGAUCCGAAGAAUUAUGAAAAAAUGGUCAGCAAACACAGGAAAGCCUAUAUGUCUCCCACCUGUCUGGCUCCAACAUCUCAUCCCACAAUGGUGAUGUUCCAGCAACAAGACAACCAGGGACACAUUGUGGAUGCCUUUGGUGGGACAGAUUCAAGGACGGUGGUGGAGGUUCAGUGCUUCCCAUUUGCUUCUUACUUGGCUGCCCUUAAUGUCACUACUGUGGAUUACUUCAGCCUGGAUGUGGAAGGGGCUGAAUUUGAUGUACUCAGAACCAUUCCAUGGGAAAAAGUUGAUAUUAAGACACUAUCAGUGGAAUUCAUCCAUGACCCUGAGGGGAAGGAUGCCAUUGAAGACUACAUGAAGGGUAAGGGUUACUUUGUGCACUCUGAGGUGCGUCACUACAACUGGCUGGCAAAUGAUUUUAUCUUUGUUAAGAAUACUUUGCAAUAAGCCAUACAGUAAUAAACUGCUUAUAAUUUUUGUAUGUCAGUGCUGUUAUUAAUGAGAAGUGUCAAGGAGGUAUCAAUACAGCUGGAGGGUUGAUGAUAUAUGAAUGAAGGUGCUGAUUGCUUUUGUUAUUAUUAGGUCACGCUGUUUUCCUACAUUUUUAUCUGUACUUAUGUAGUGUACUGUCUUAUUUGAAAGUCAGUAAGCAUAUUUGUUUUCUAAUAUGCUCUUUUUAAUUUUUUUGUGUUAUAUAUUAAGCCAGUGGACUGGUUUUCUCUACUGAGACAAUGUAAGAGACAAAGUCCUGAAGUUCACAUGAUCAUGAACUGAAAUAUUUUUAUAAUUUGAAUGUGUUCAAUAGCUCUUUAAUUUCCUUGACUUUGAUUUUUGGUUUAGGAAAAAUCUUGCAACUGAAAUAUCUCAGAGAAUAUUAAGGUACAUUAAAAGUCAAAUAAAUUUUACAAAAUUUAGAAAAAAAAUCCUUCCAGGAAACUAUCAUGGUUGAGAUUUGUAUUUAUAAUUUGCACUGCAGUAAUUUGCAACAUGCAUAAAAAGUCAGAGCUGUAAUGUUUUUUUAUGCAUAAGCAGGUAUAUUAUGCAGGUAUAAAUUUAGAGAAAUUCAUCUCCACUGACAGUAUCUAUGUAAGAUGUUUGGCUUCAAGUUCAGACUGAGCCUGCUGUAGAGGACAUUGGAUUACUUGAUACCAUUACUCCUGUAGCUCAACUAUCUCAAUGUAACAGUGUUGCAUAGGGUAGCCACAACCUGCAGACAUGGCAUAGACAGUCACAAUCCACCCAGGUAGUCACAACUCGUGCAGUCACAACCCACUCACUUGUUAUCACAUCUCACACCUCUUUAUGAAGUGUCACAGUGUACCUGACUCUUACAAUCCACACACAGAGUACACACUCACAAAUCAUAUUUAAUUAUUAUUUUUUAUAUUUCUGCAUAACUAUAUUAGAAACUUGUGGUUGCUUUAGUUAUGUUGGUAUGCAUCACAUGUUCUUUGGCUAUCUGAGUCACUAUAAAUUGAGUUCAGGGUUACAGUGUCACAAGUAAUUACUGCAGUUCAAGUCUCACUAUAUUCAGGUGUUUUGAGAUAUAUUCGGCUAAUUGGUAAUGUACUUGUAUUUAAGGAAAACAACCAUUAGAACUUAG